CACCUGUGUGGGCGGCAAGCGCGCGCGCCUGCUGCGCUUAUCACGACCUGACGGCAAAUGUAACCGAGUGAAUCUUCGAAUAGUGGCGACUAACAAAUGCAGCCGCCGUGUUUAGGUUAAUGCUGGAUCCGACAGAUUUAGCGUUUUGAUUUCAGCGUGUUCAUGUGGCUGUGACUAACUUGUCGAGCUCGCUCGUCAACCCAGUCCAGGUGCGGAGCUAAUGACGUCCCCUGAGGUGCUGGUGACGCCAGCAGCGAACCAGAAAGUGAUGGAGCCGAUGUCGACCCGAUCCAGUGGCGGGAGCGAUGACGUCACCGACGACACGGCGUCCAUGGUGGACAUCCGACUGAGCUCCGAAGAUGAGAGUUCUGACUUUCAGGGUCAGUGUCUGGCUGCACCCCAAACUCCGGUGCCCACCUACAAACAGAGGUGCGACGAGUUCAAGAAAGUGUUUAAGGAGCUGUCAGAGACAGAGCGACUCUUAGUGGACUACCCAUGUGCUCUACAGCGGGACAUUCUCCUCCAGGGCCGUCUGUACUUGUCCCAAAACUGUCUUUGCUUCUACAGCAAUGUUUUCAGAGGAACUAAGAUUGCUCUGAGUCUCAAAGACAUCACCUCUCUGACCAGAGAGAAAAUGGCUCGCUUUAUUCCCAACGCGAUCUUGAUCUGCACAAAUUCAGAAAAGUACUUCUUCACCUCCUUCUCAGCCAGGGAAAAAAGUUAUCAGGGAGUUUUCCGGAUCUGGCAGAACGCCCUGCUGGACAAGACGCUCACCAAUGUGGAACUGUGGCAGAUGGUCAAACAACACUAUGGCAACGAACUGGGUCUGAGUUGUGAAGAGAUGGAGAGUUUAUCAGCAGAGUCAAGCAUGCAGACCAGUCUGACGAGGCCUGGCGGUGAUGAGGUUGUCAGGAUGGAGCGCCCUCCGUCCCUUCGGCUUUCUGGUGUAGAGCCCGGACCUCUGGAGACAUCGACACCUCAGGAGGACUUCCCCAGCCCUAUUAGCUCGACCAACUCCCCAAAUGUGGAAGAAUCUCGGCACAUUCUCUCACGUCGCAGUCCUGCGCCGUCGUUGGAUCGAUCGGUCCCGGAAAGAUCCUCCAAACACUCCAAUCAUUCUCUCGAUUUAAACGCAAAUGAGAAUGGUGUGUCUGGGCAAAGUGGUUCUGACAGCAUUGAGGAAGUUGUAGAGGAGCGAAUUGGUCCAUCACAGGUUGAGGGUCGCCUCUAUCUCAACAAAGUCUUCCACAUCAGCGCAAGCAAAAUGUUUGAGCUUCUCUUCACAGACUCCAGUUUUUUCCGCAGGUUCAUGAGUGGAAGGAAGAUGACACAGCCCACCUUUACGCCCUGGCAGAAAGACGCAUCAGGAAACAUGCAGAGGACCCUGAACUAUGUAAUAACCAUCAACAACCCCCUGAUUGGAAAAUUCUCUGCUGCCACUGAGAAGCAGAUGCUGUACAAAGAGUCCAAGGAGGGUCAGUACUACCUGGUGGAUGCUGAGGUGUACACUCACGACGUUCCCUAUCACGACUACUUUUACACGCAAAACAGAUACUGCAUCAUCAGCAGCUCCAAGCGGAAGUGUCGGCUAAGGGUCUACACUGAUGUGAAGUACAAGAAGCAACCUUGGGGCCUUGUGAAGUCCUUCAUCACCAAAAACUCCUGGAGCGGCAUUGAGGACUAUUUCAGGCAGAUGGAAGCCGAGCUGCUGGAGGAGGAGGCAGAGAUCAACCAGAGUGCAGGAGAUGCAGGGAAGAUGGGUGGGCUACGGAGGAGGCGGCGGGCUUAUAGCCGCACCUUGUCAGAACACAGCAAGCCCAACAAUCCAGAUCAUGAGCAGCACAGAGACGGAAACAUGGGCCCUACAGAAAUGAAUAGUCCUUACCGAUUAAGCGUGACAUCGAUAGUGGCUGUGAUGAGCGUCAUACUGCUGAUCCUCAUGGUUCUUAAUCUCGGCCUCUUCUUCAAACUCUGGGCCAUGGAGGAUAUCGCCCACCGCAUGUACGUGAGCACCAAGCAGCGGCUGAGGGAGCGGAGCGAAGCCAGCAUGCCACCAGAAUAUGGGCCGCUUCAUAAUCCAGGGUAUAGAAGCCAAGAGGAGGCACUUCUUCUGAAAACCGUCCUGCAGGACUCCAUUAGCCUCCUAGAACAGCUUCGCAGCUCUUUAGUUUUGUUGCAGCAGAACUUUGCACUGGACAAUCAAACCACUGCGCCACAGUGACGGCACAUUAAGACUCCAAAUGAGCCACAACACAGCAGGGAAAACCACGGCGACCAGCCUCCCAGGAAACCUCUGGUAUCCACCGACGCUGCUGACAUCCCCUGAUGCCCCGUAUCUCCUUAGGUAACAGGGCGGAGUAAUUGGGAUGUCGUGUUUUUAACGCCGCUGCAGGGACGACAGCGGCAUGGUGCGAUGGUGUUUCAAUGUGCCUUUCCUUUUCGUCUGGAGAAAAUAUUUUUGCUUUAUCAGAAAUCUCUAUAUAUUUAAAACCUCAGUUGUGUUUACAGUUUUUUUUUUUACAUUUUAAUUUUUGCACGUAUUCCUUUAAAUGAAUUCGUUUUAAGCUGUUUUAGCAGUAGAAGUUUUAAAUCUGCCAUCAGAAGUGCUGGUGAUGUUGGAGAAUGAUUGAACUGAUUAAAUCUCUAUGAACCGAGGAUAGACCUCAGUGUGGAUCUGUUGUAGACAUGAGUGUGUUUAAUUUAUUGAAUCUUAAUGCUUGAUCUAAUGUGAUUCAAAUAUCUGGAUGACUGUGUAUGUUCUGAGCCUCUUUUUGAAAAUAAAACACUGCGGCAGCA